CAUUGAAAAUUGGGGGGGGGGCAAAUGUUUGUUAGUGGGAUGAAUUGUAAAGGACCUGCCUAGUAUGGGCCAACAGGCCUGCUGCAGUGUUCCUCCUUUCUUAUGUUCUUAUGUUCUUAUGAGUGUGUGGGGCUGGGUUUGAUUGGUGUCACUGGGUAUUGGAGUUAUUUCUUGGGAAGCAAUAGGUAGAGGUCGUUUUGAUAAGGACCUGCCUUGCCAGUAGGCCUUCUGCAGUGUUCCUCUAAUCUUAUGUUCUUAUUUGUUAGUGCGUACGGGUUUGAGGACUUGCGAAGUAUGAGCCAGUAGGCCCGCUGCAGUGUUCCUCCUUUCUUGUGAGUUAAAGAAUGUGUCUCAGGUAACUUCAAGAAUAGAUUGAAUAAAUACAUGAGUAAGAUGGGAUGGAUGUGAGUGGGACCUGGGCAACAUGAGGUUGUGGUUUAGAAAGACACGUAAGCAUGAGGUUGUGAAGAUAGUCAAAACUUAUUCCUUAGAGAAUUUUUUUGUAAGAGGGGUUGUCUCAGAAGGACCUGCCUGCUAUGGGCCUAUAGGCCUAAUGCAAUGCUUCUCUAUUCUUACGGCCUUACUACAACCAUAAUUGUUACUACUACUACUACUACUACUACCACCACUGCUACUACUACUACUACUUCUUGUACCUCCUGAGAGUGGCACUAUAUAAAGGCGUGAUGGUAACUUUUAUAAUCAGUCAGAAGUCAACAAGGCUGUGAACAUCAUCGUCUUACUCCUCAUCACUGUCUUAGCCUAGCAAUAACAUGGCAUCUGUGUUUGUCCUGCUCAUCGUGUUGAUCUUUCAGCAUCCUGCUGCAGGAUUCUUCUUCAAAAAGUUACGCAAGUGUGAUGUUUCCCAGGUGCCUCAGUUCUCCCAGACAACUGUACAACUCCAGGAUAUUCAUAUAGUAAAAGAAGCGCUUAGAGCACCAGUAUACAAGCUAUCUGCAGUGCCCUUAACAAGCACAGUCCCUUAUACCACUUCAAGCCUCUUCCCUAUAAGAUCUGAAAUCAGCAAAUUGCAGGUGACAGAGACGUACGUGAUAACGACCACUGUGGCUAUUCCAGUGUCUCGCAUUCUGAGCACCACCCUUUCUCUCACCACAACUCUUGUGAACUUUGCUACCGUUAUCAACACCAACCACUAUACUGUCUUCAAUACUGUUGAAGCAAAACAAACUUUGCUUCUAGCAACAACAAAUUAUGAAACGCUUUUAUCUGAUGCCAUUCACACUGUUUUUCAAACCCAAACAUCUACGGUGACGUGGACACAGGAACUUACGGUGGAAAUGUUCUUGACUGUGGAAGAUACCAUUCCAGUUACAAGCACUUUAUAUGUUCCUGAGUAUAGCACCGUUACCAGCACUCGCACUCAGAUGAUCACUCAAACAGUCUGUCCUCUACAGUAAAUAGUGUUAGUCUUAAG